AUGCAACCUGUGGGUAAGGAUAUUCCACCUGGUAGAUAUUUCAUUCCUCACCAUUGUGUGAUCCGUCCAGAAAGAUUAGCGACCAAACUUCGCGUUGUAUUCAAUGCGAGUCACAAGACGACUAAUGGACUAUCUUUAAAUGACAUUGUUGACUUGGUUGAUAUUAUUACUGGAUUUCGGAUUCAUAAUAUAGUGUUCACAUGUGACAUAUCUGAGUUGUACAGGCAAAUCGUGAUAAGGCCAGAGGAUCGAGUGUGGCAACACGUACUAUGGCGUAAAUCCCCUUCUUUGCCUGUUCAAGAAUUUGAACUUCGUACGGUCACAUACGGAGUCAAAAGCUCGCCGUACUUAGCGAUACGAACAUUACAUAAGUUAGCUACAGAUCACGGUGAUCAGUUUCCUCAUGCUGCUGAAGCUCUUCGGCAUCAUACUUAUAUGGACGAUAUUAUUACAGGUGCUUCCUCAAUCGAAGCAACCUCUCAGCUUAAAGAAGAUCUGAUCAAUCGUCUUAACUGUGCGCAGCUAGAUUUACGUAAGUGGAGCAGUAACAGCCCUUUACUUCUUCAAACGUUACCCAUGGAACAUUGGGAAUGUCCGAAGUCAUUUUCUGAUGAUGGUUCAAUAACGCUUAAGGUUUUAGGAGUUCAAUGGGAUCCCACGGAAGACUAUUUCACUUAUUCCGUCUCUCCUGUGAAUGUGGAGUUUACGAAACGUUCAAUCCUGUCCCACGUUGCUCGUAUUUAUGAUCCGUUGGGUUGGCUUUCACCUUUUAUUCUUUUAGCCAAACUACUUCUUCAAAGCUUAUGGCGUAUUGGGUUGUCUUGGAAUGAACUCAUUCCUGCCAAUCUACGCAACGAUUGGGUUCCAUUUGUGUCUGACUUAUACAAUAUAAAAUCGAUAAAAAUCCCUCGUAAAACCGUGAUACUUAGGUGCUACACACCAGCUAAUUGGGUUUUGCGAUGGAUCAACAAAAGCAUACGGAUGCUGUGUCUAUCUUCGAUCAAGUAUCAAUGA